AUGGCAACAGCUGUUAAACAAUUUUGUAACGACUUUGGCCAGUUCUCGCCGGAUACAGAUGUGGUAAUCCAAGCUGGUCAAGAGCCAGAUAUCAAAGCAUUUCAAGCACAUUCGGCUGUCCUGCGUGCUAGAUCGGCGUUUUUUCAGAGUGCUCUGUCGACUACGUGGGCGCGAAAGGAAGGAAAUCGGAUUGUGUUAAAGAAACCAAAUGUAUCGCCGUUGGUUUUUGAAAUGUUAUUAUAUUAUUUAUAUAAUGGACGAAUAAACUUGGACGAACAAGAUGGUAUCGACAUUCUCAAUUUACUAGUGGCCGCAGACGAACUACUCAUCGCACAAGAUCUCUUGGGUCACAUCCAAGAUCACUUGAUAACGGUGAAAACAACAUGGCUCGAAACCAACUUUGGACUCGUAUUACACGCAAUAUUUCGUCAUUCGUCGUGUUUCCGACUCCAAGAUUAUUGUCUACUACAGAUGUGUUGGCGUCCGGAACUUGUUUUCGCUGCUGAUGAUUUUUUGGAAUACGACGAGGAUAUUUUAAGCAUGGUGUUGGAACAAGAGGACUUGCAGAUGGAGGAGAAAGAUGUUUGGGAGAAUUUGUUGAGGUGGGGGUUCUCACAGAUUAGACCGCGACAAUCUUUUAAUAUCGGGAGCAUUGGGAAACUGAAGAAAGAUGAGAUUCAGAAUUUGUAUGAGAUCUUGAAGAAUUGUAUACCAUUGAUACGAUUUACGGAUUUUUCUAACCGGGAUUUUAGUGAUCAUGUUUGGCCGUUCAGAGACAUUGUUCCAGAUAUGAUUAGAUUCGAGAUUGAAAAAAUACACAAAAAUAACCAUGAUACAUUUUUCUUUGUGUCUCAUUCGUCAUUACUACUACCUCGUUGUCCAUUAAUUCGUAUCGACUCCACAAUACUUCAUCCAGCACAAGCAGCCUAUCUCCCCGAAUGGAUAGAAUUCGCACAAAAGAAUUCACCAGCAUCAACGCUGACGACCGAAAUUCCGGACCCAACACGAGUAACAUACCAAUUCAAAUUGCUGGUACGUGGAACAAUACACGGCUUCACUCCACGAACAUUUCACGAACGAUGUGACAAUCAAGGACCAAGCAUUGUCGUUUUACGCGUGCGGGACACGAGACAAAUCAUCGGCGGGUACAAUCCGAUCGGGUGGCGCGGACUACGACGUAAUCAUUGGCAAUACACCUGUGACAGUUUCUUGUUCUCGUUCGGAAGUAAGUGCGGGAGUAUUGGUGAUGUGGCCUCGGAUGUCAGACUGAGUCGAGUGUUGCCUGGGUGUGAGGCAAUUUACGAUGACCCGAAAUUUGGACCGUGUUUUGGCAAAACGGAUUUGGAUAUGCGGAUUAAGUUUGAUGAAGGGGAAAAUUGUUCGGCUAGGAAACAAUGUUAUAAACAUAAUAUUUUUGGAGACGUGAACGGAAGUGGCAAAUUUUCGGUGGAUGAAUAUGAAGUAUUUCAGAUUUAUAAAGCAUAG